CGGAAGUAGACUACGACCCACUCUUUUCUCUUUGCUCCGUGGCAUUUUGCAACACAGGCAGCCUGCUGCCGCUGGAUUUACACUAAACCAACUGCUGUAAGCUCCGGCAGAAAUGGAUAAAGAUGGCAUUAGGUGAUCAUCGAAUGGAUUUACACAGGACAAAUAAAUGAAGACACUGAUAGAUUGGAGCCAAGAAGCAGUACCUUCACAAUGACUUAAAUACCCUUCCAAACCUCUAAGAUGAUGUGCAGUGGCUCAUUGUAUGUCAUGUGAUCGGAGGGGAAAGGGAAUGCAGACUUGCCAGCUAUAGCUUUUAUGUGAGCGUGAUGCCCAGGCGGGGGUUGCCGCUCCAGGGCCGGGUCCGCUGGCUCUACCUGGGCCUCUUCCUGCUGCUGGUGCUGCUGCUAUUCGCGUACAUGCUGGAGUGCACCCCUCCAGCAGACGUCAGCCUGGUCCUGCCCGGCCUCGCUGGGGAGAGCUAUGGGAAAGAGUACUAUCAGGCCCUGCUGCAGGAGCAGGAGGAGCGCCACCUAAACCGUGCUGCCAGUCUCAAGCGCCAGAUUGCGCAGCUCAAGCAGGAGCUUCAAGAAAUGAGUGAAAAACUAAAGCUCCUGCAGGACAAGAAGGAGCUCCCCGGGGUGCAGGGCCUUGCCGAGAAUAAAGACCAAGAGCCUGGAGAUCUGCUGGAUUACCUGCACUCUCAGAUCGAUAAGGCCGAGGUCAACACAGGGGCACGCCUCCCCAGUGAGUAUGCCCUGGUGCCUUUUGAGAGUUUCACCUCGUCCAAGGUGUAUCAGCUGGAGAUGGGGCUGACGCGGCACCCAGAGGAGAAGCCUGUCCGCAAAGACCGCAGGGAUGAGCUGGUGGAGGUCAUUGAGGCUGCGCUGGACAUCAUCAACAACCCGGAUGAGGAGGAUGGCGUGGAGGAAGAUGUGCCGAUGCAUAGACAAACCUAUACAGAGGUUCACUUUACAGAAGGACUGUACAGGACGGAGCGAGACAAAGGGACCCUUUACGAGCUGUUCUUUGCCAAAGAAGAUUCCAGCAGCUUUCGUCACGUCACUCUCUUCAGGCCAUUCGGUCCCUUAAUGAAAGUCAGGAGCACAUCUGUAGAAACAUCAGGAAUGAUUAUAAACAUUAUUGUGCCGCUGGCAGGCAGAGUUGAAACAUUCUCACAGUUCUUACACAACUUCAGGGAGGUGUGCAUACAACAGGACAGACGAGUGCAUCUCACAGUGGUUUACUUUGGGCAGGAGGGCCUAGACGAAGUGAAGACAUCGUUGGAAAAAAUGUCAAGGGAGGAGAGCUUCUCCAACUACACUCUGAUCCCGGUGGACGAGGAGUUUUCACGAGGUCGGGGUCUGGAUAUCGGCGCCCAUGCCUGGAAGACAGGCGACGUCUUAAUGUUUUUUUGUGAUGUUGACAUCCAUUUUACUCUGGAGUUCCUUAACACCUGUCGUCUCCACUCUGCUCCAAAUAAAAAGGUCUUCUAUCCAGUGGUGUUCAGUCUGUACAAUCCGGCCAUAGUGUAUGGAAAUUUGGAGCUGGCUCCACCUAUUGAACUCCAACUGAUUCACAAAAAAGACGCUGGAUUCUGGAGAGAUUUUGGUUUUGGAAUGACGUGUCAGUAUCGCUCUGAUUUCCUAAAUAUCGGUGGGUUUGAUCUUGAAGUCAAAGGCUGGGGUGUGGAGGAUGUCCACCUGUACAGGAAGUACCUUCGAAGUGACCUGAUAGUGACGCGGACGCCAGUAUCCAGUCUCUUCCACCUGUGGCACGAAAAGCAGUGUGCAGACGAGCUGACGCCCGAGCAGUACCGGAUGUGCAUCCAGUCCAAAGCCAUGAACGAGGCCUCCCACUCUCACCUGGGCAUGUUGGUUUUCCGCGAGGAGAUCGAGGCUCACCUACGCAAGCAGGCCUUCAAGACUCAGAGCAAAACAGAGGAGUGAGCAAAGCCUCUAACAUCAGUCCAACGCGAAGACUGCAAGGUGCUGGCAUUAUUAACGCACUACAGCAAAGACAUGUUUACAUGGAUCCUUCUGCAUUUCACCGCACAGCUGUAGACAAAUGAAUGUACAAAAACGAACAUUGAUCAAUGUGAAGCGUCACAACAUGGUACAAGUCUUAUUGAAGAGCUACAGCAGAAUCAUACACAAGAAAAAAAAUUGGUAAUGUGUAACCUGUUGAAGGAAAACUCACAUGUACAACAGGUAAUGUGUCUCCUGGGGUAAGGUUGACAUAGUGUUUUAUACAUAAUGAAAUCAAUUCAGUAAGCAUGUCGUUAUUAUCUGGGGGAAGCUUCUCAUUAAGCCAUCAUAUCUUCUUCAAACACAGCGCCUGACCUGCAACCAGUCUCUCCACCAUUUUCACCUUCUCUGCUGCUUAAAGGUAUACUACGCAGGAUUUUUCUCCAAACAAUGUAUGGCUUCAGACUAACCUUUUACACUUGGGGCACUGGUACGACUUUCUCAUUUAGCUGCACCAGCACAUAAUUUAGUUGCACCCGAUAAUACUUAAUUACAUUUCUUAACACAUUAUGUAAAUUAGUGUAAAUAGGUUUAAUGGUGUAGAUCCAUGUUUUUCUUUUAAAUCAAAGCACAUAACUUCAAAAGUUUUUGUAGGCUUCAUCUUUUUUAAAUCAUACCUGCUAAAUUUCAGGCGCACUGGCGAAAGCAAUGUAAAUAUUCACACUUGAGUGAUGUUUGGGCACACGUGCACCCUUCAGCUCUGCAAUGUAUAGACUCAUACAGAGGUAUUUCCUCUCAGUCAUCACUUACUCCUGUAUUUUUGUAUUAUUACUGUUGUGUUGGGGAGGUUUCUAGGCUGCAACUUUUAAUUCAACAACAGUGUGCAGUGGAGGUAGGGACUUUAGAAAAAGCUAGUGACCAGGUACAGCAUCGUGAGCAGCGUGCAUCAAAGACAACGCUACCAAAUGGUGGAAAUCGCACCAAAUAAAUGCAAACAGAGCAAAGUGAAACAAGCGGAUCAAGCUGGUCAAAAAAAUGAGAGUAAAAAGAGAACAGCACCAAAGGCGGGAUGGUGUUGAGCUCGAGGUUUGAAUGUUGUUUGCAAAAGGUAACCAACAACUCCUGCAUAGUAUACCUUAAACUACCUUUCACUGCUGAAUGUGACCUCAGCCAGUACAUUUCAGAUGAGUUCUUGUUCAAAGGAUCAAAUCCAACAUGCUGUCAAAGUUUAUGGUGACUUUAUAAUAGAAAAAAACAGUGACAUAAGAGUAACCAGUCCAACUGGACAACUAUUUAUUUACUGGUGACAGAAGGAAAUGGAGAAAGUCACUCUUACUUAAAAUGUUGACCCCACAACCAAUUCUACGUUUCUAUUCAUUCCAGGUUGUCUGCAAGUUGAGGAUCAAAGCAAUUUACAUUCUUUAACAUUUUCCAGUAGAUUGGCAGUUGUGUAUGGAGCCAUACUGUUAUGUUAGUAUUAUAUUUAUAGCUAUAGUAGUUACAGACUGGCACUGUGGUAUAAAAGGGACCUUUUUGUGUUUUAUGUGACAGUCACUGACUAUCUUCCUUUGCUGGUAAAAUUUACAAAGUGAUCAGUUAACAGAGAAGCAUGUUGAAGAAAUAGUUAAAGAGCCAGGGGCAAAAGAUGUGCUUAUAGCAUGCAGCGCUAUGAUAUCAGGUCUAUGUUGGACCAGUAUUAUUGUUAAAAUAACAAAGAUUUGUCAUGUGAGAAUCACUCACAGCACUAUGAUUCCUAAUACUGGACUGAUAUUGAAUGUUAUAGCCACUCUUGUAAAUACUUUUCUAAUGUUUCUUUGUUUCAUACGUGAGUUGAAUACUUUGUCGUAUGUGCCUACAUGCUUAAACUGAUAUGAAGAGAUUGUUUUCAAGAUGUGUCAACAGCUGUAGGCCUGGUGAUGUUACUCCAUCUCAUAAUGAGAGCGGAUGUUUAAGCCAGAAAGGUUCAGUCAGAGGCCAGAGGUGUAAUGUUAAUGCGUACAGCUGUUAAAGCGCUAAAUAGUGCAGGCAAGAAGUGCUUUAUUUUCUCACAAUGAAAGCAGGUUAUUCUUGCAUCUCAUCAUGUACUGUAAUUAUUUUUAACCAAUGUUUUUGCAGAUAUACAGCUUUUUCUAGACAGAAUUACAGUCUCCUCACUCCGCAGGAGAAAUGUUCCACGUCUUCCUCCCAGCAGUACACAACAGUUCAAUCAGAGUAACUGUGCAAGGAAAUGAUUUAUUUUGAAUUUUUGGCCAUGAAAUAAAACUUACAGAAGGCUG